UAUACUAAGAUAAGAUGCCCAAGUCUGCCUGUAUGUAUACCACGAAAUUUUAACUUGUUCCUCCCGUCUUCCUCUCCUCUCCUGUUCCUCUUCCUAUCUCGUCGCCAGUUUAGACCUUCCAUCGUCCCCUUUCUUCACGAAACAGUAUUGAAGCAGUUCCCGAUUGCUGAUCCUCCCCAACUCCCCCCGGGAUUCGAGCGACCUGGAUUGGAGCCGCCGUGUACUGCCGACAUGGCGGGAACGGAUCGCCUCUACCCUCCGAUCGAGCCGUACGACCUGGAGCCCCCGCAGGUCCCAGCCGCCGCCGGCGAGGAGGAGGCCGGGGUUUGCGACGCGCCGGUGAUGUGGGACGACGAACCCGACGCGUCUCCAUCCCCAUCCCCGGAAGCGGGCCCCCAUAUAUUUGAGGAGGGUGCUAGGGAUCCUCCUCCUGAAGCUUUCAAGGAAGAAAGGCUUGGUGUUGUCAAUUCUGAUGAGUUCAGCGGUGAGAUGACCACUGUGAAGGAAUCUGGAGAAAACGACUAUGAUGGUUUUCCUUCUUGUGAACAAACAGGCAUCAUAUGGGUGCCUCCUUCUGUUCCACCAAUGACAAAACAUGAUCACGAUGAGUGGCAAAAGGGCUUUGGUUACAAUAGUGCGGGCUUCCUAGAGGAAGAAGAUAAGUGGGAUAUUGACGAAGAAAAUUUGGAGAUGACAAUGUGGGAUGUGCUCUCUGAGAUGGUUGUUGCAGGGAAGGAUAAAGUAUUAUCCAUUGCAUCAUUUGAUUUAGGGACAUAUGGCAUGUCCAUGAUCUCGGAUUUUUUCCUUGAAGAGGCUUUGAAGGAUAAGGCCCAAACACUUGAAGAUGUCAGUGCUGGUUCUGAACAUGCUCUCCUUGAGACAGAACCAGCAAAGUGGUUGCCUGAUAGUGCUUCCCCUUCUUGUAUGCUUUGCGGAGCACGUUUCCAUCCAAUAAUUUGCACUCGCCAUCAUUGCCGAUUUUGUGGUGGCAUAUUUUGUGGUGGUUGUUCAAAGGGUAGAAGCUUGAUGCCCCCAAAGUUCAUGACCUCAGAUCCUCAAAGGGUCUGUGAUGUUUGUGGAGUGCGUCUUGAGUGUAUUCAGCCUUAUUUGAUGAAUCGAUUCAGUCGUGCUUGUCAACUUCCAACUCAAGACUUGACAGACCUAAGCACCUUGAGGUCAUGGAUAAACAUCCCAUGGGCAGUCAGAAUGGAGUAUGAGAUCUACAAAGCUGCAAAUUCCAUACAUGGCUAUUGUAAGGUGGGAGAGCUGAAACCUGAGAAGUCGAUCCCUGAUUCAAUUCUCAGACAAGCAAAAGGGCUUGCAAUCAUCACUGAGGUAAAGGUUGGCAUGAUGCUUACAUACAAAAUCGGUACUGGAUUGGUGGUUGCUCGGAGAGGUGAUGGUUCUUGGUCCCCUCCUUCUGCCAUCUCUACUUGUGGUCUUGGAUAUGGAGUUCAGGCUGGAGGUGAGUUGGCUGACUACAUCAUUGUUCUUAGGAACACAGAUGCCAUUAAAACUUUCAGUGGAAAUGCACACAUGUCAAUUGGGGCUGGUAUUAGUGCUUCUGCUGGUCAUUUUGGACGAGCAGCAGAGGCUGAUUUCCGUGCUGGUGAUGGUGGUUAUGCUGCCUGUUACACAUACAGUUGUAGCAAAGCACUAUCUGUUUAGUGGUGAGUUUUUGUCCAAGCAACAUGUUUCUGGGAGAGAACUGCUUUGGACCAGUUUUCACCAACAAUCAAACACUACAAGGUCAAAUCCUGUGUACUCACAGAAUUUGAAUAUUAUAAUUAGACUUCAGCCGUUGUACUAGGAAGUAGUUUGUGAAUGCUCUUAAACAAAUAUUUCCAACGUUUGUAGUGUAGCCAUGUGGUUUCUGUUGCUUAUGGCGGCUAAUAAGAGAUUAUACAGAGCUUCAAUUUCCAGUCAGUUGAAUAAAAUGAAACAUGAUGGUUUGGUAUCGCAGCUAGCUGCUUCAAGGUAGUACAUUCAGAUAAUCUCAAAAAAAAUCAGCAUUUGCUUCUGUCAGUCAGUUGAACCACACAUCAGUCCAAGGCGUAUAUAGUGAGUGCUACAGUGGAUCAAAACUCAGCAUCAUUUGGCAUCUUCGUUCUUGCAGCAUUAGUUCAUACAGUUUCAUUAAUUAAUUAUAUUAUAGUUGAGCUCAACACAUGUCUUUUCAGCUUUUGUUUUGAUUGCUAAAUAUGUACUGUUGAUGUCAGGAUCUGCUUUUAAGUCUAUUAGUGAUCUGACAUUGAUGUUUCAAUAGCUUUGCUUUUUUGUCACUAUCAGUUUCUUUGUUUCUC